CCCUUAUUGAUCCCAACUUUAUUCCGCCUUCGCCUCCUACGUCCGGGACCACCCAGCCCGUCCACAAUCACACCCUCCCACGCUAUCUCGUCUGUCGGUCUCAAUCCUAUUCGCAAAGGCAUCAAGCGAUUGAGGACUCUCACUAGAGCGAAACCUUUCCUACCCGCACGCCGCGCCUCUUCGGAACCGCGCAAGCAAGUCUCGACAGAACUCACUGUCACCACGCGGCGCCGGCCACAGUUCCUCCCGGAACUCUUGUUCGACUCAACGCCAUUCUUGGACCUCGCACCAUUUGAGCGUGGGCCGGCUAGUGCCGUCCCUGAUAUACUUUCGGAACAUCGCGAGACUGAGCCAGCACCCAAGUCCCAGCCAGCUGCGCAGACUUCUCCAGAAGACUCUCGGCCCAACUUCCCCCUCAUUAAGUGGGAGUGUGUCGAUCCCAAGACCCUUACACCAUCGCCCUACGCCUCUACCACAACCGAUAUCUCACCUGCCGGGACACCGCUUCCACCACCUUCUCCAUCUUGGCUCUCCAGGAACACUCUUGGGAUCGAUCCCCAUCGACCGUUUCUGUAUCCACCCAGCCCGCUGAUAGAGGUCACUCCUCCGUCGCCCGAGUCUCCUGCACCACUCCCGAUCUUGCCACGAUCCCUUCUGCCGGUGCCUUCGGCUCCAGCGUCUCCUCGCAUCGAGGCUCUCCAAUCGGACAGCUCCUCUGUCACCCUAUACUCGCCUCCCGCACAGCGCCCGCGCCCCAGGCUCACUAUUCCCGGUCCUCACACGCCCCUUCUGAGCCGGUUUACUCCUACAGGACUCCAGCAGUCUCUCACAGAGCACCGCUCGAACAUUCGUUCAUUUCUCACCGCCGCCUCAAUCGCCUUCGGGGACCAGAAAGACAGCCCGUUGAUUGCAAGUGUAGCCCAGCAGGAUUCUCCCACGCCGGCCAGAUUCUUUCUGCUUCUGCACCCAUCGUCCCGCGACCCCUCGCCCGUCGAUCCGCAACCCAGCCCGCUGCCACUGCCGCUGAGAGUAACUUUUAGGAACAGCCUUCUUCUCACUGACUCGAGUCCUAGCACGCCCAUCCAGCCACCUUCGCCUGGCAGAUACGACAUCUAUUAUCCCUCGGCCCGCGCGUUCGAAGAGAGCAAAGACACCUUCCCGCUUCCCAACUACCUUCGCACACUCAUCAAGAACAACUCACGCCUUUCGACGACCCUCCCAGAGAUGGAAGUCUACGGCAAGCAGGCAGACACAGUCGACUGGGGAGAUGAGGUCGACUAUUCUGGAUAUGAGUGGUUCAAGGACCCGCCACCGCGGCCAGAGCCGGCCGCGCCUCCGCCGCCGCCAUCAGAACCAUACGUGCCUCAACCGGGCGUCAUCGAGCAGAACGACAUGUUCGACUAUGCGCUGAAGAGCGCGCCCAAUGUGCUCUUCGCGCGGUACAAGCAGUACGGUCAGCUCGGCGUGCUCGCGUGGUGCUCCGAGUUCAGCGAGAUGACUGACGCGCUGAAGGCGCUCGGAUUCGAAGGCAACAUGUUUGUCUCGACACGCACGCAGGCUCUCAAGACGUGCGAGGAGAUCCUCGCGCUUAAUCUCGAAAUGGAGAUGCAGAUUAUUGUCAUGUACCUCUCCUCGCAGGUCGCACGCCUUCGUCGAUUCCUCGACUCGGAGCGCACCUGGGACGACUACCCACAGCCCAAGUUCCCGGUCCACCCGGACAUCGAGCUCUCGAGAUCUUGAUCAUGCCCGUCCCCUGUUGUAGUCUGGUUCCAUAUGUUGUAUGUUUGUCUCUAGAUAAUAUGCCGGUCAUAUUUUCUUGUCGCUGCUGCAUUUUGUACGCCUGCACCUCAUGUUU